AUGAAGCAAAAACAGGUCAAAAUAGCAGUUGUCGUUUUAGCUGUUUUUUAUUUGCUCUAUACGUUCCACACGUCAUUCACGACUCCAAAGCAUUCAGCAGCAACAGAAUUCCACUCCAACACCGCAAAAAAGUUGCGUGAACAUGAACGACAUACCAACUGGAAACUCUAUGGAUUUCAAUUUAGUCCCAAUAAUCGGGCCCAACUCCCCAAAAUAACUACUGUGAGGCAGCAGUUGGCGUUCCAGUUCCCUUACGAGCCGGAAAAACCAUUCGAAAGAAAUAUUUGGCAAACUUGGAAAGUUGAUCUCGAACUGGAAAAUUUCCCUUCAAAGUACCGCAAGUUUCAACAAACAUGGCUGGAUGUGAAUCCAACAUACAAGUACCACGUUAUUCCCGACGAAGCAUGCGAAGAGCUCGUCAAUCAGCUUUUUUCCGUAGUUCCUGAUGUUGCUCGUGCCUACAAUAUCAUGCCGAAAUCAAUCUUGAAGGCUGAUUUUUUCCGCUAUCUCAUUCUUUUUGCUCGAGGAGGAGUGUACUCCGACAUAGAUACUGUCAGUCUUAAGCCCAUUGAUGUGUGGAUGUCGGCAAAUGAAACAUUGUAUGGCCAGCCCAACAACCCCGGCUUGGUUGUGGGCAUCGAAGCGGAUCCAGAUCGAGACGACUGGGCUGAUUGGUAUGCUAGGAGGAUCCAGUUUUGUCAGUGGACCAUCCAGGCCAAAAAGGGCCACCCAAUGUUGAGAGAAAUUGUAGCAUUGAUUACAGAAAUUACUCUUGAAAGAGAGAAGAAAAAUCAACUUCACAAGGUUCUAGGCAAAGACGAGGGAGGAGAUGUUAUGGUGUGGACCGGACCAGGAAUAUGGACCGAUUCUGUGUUUGCAUAUAUGAACAAUGCUCUUCAAUCGCCUGAGAAUUUUGCUGCGAAGAAACACGAUGAAAUAGUCACUUGGAAAACUUUUACUGGUAUGAAAAUGCCAAUUGCUAUUGACGAUGUGCUUGUGCUCCCUAUCACCUCUUUUAGUCCUGAUGUCAACCAAAUGGGAGCCAAAAGUCUGAAAGAUCCAAUGGCGUAUGCCAAGCAUAUGUUUGCAGGCUCGUGGAAACCGGAAGACGAGAGAUAA